AUGCAAGAUCAUUCAUUAAACCAAAUCUUGCCUUGUCUUAUGAAUGGUGAAAUUAUCAAUCAAAUAUCAUCCCUUCUUCAACAAAAUGGGAAUGCUCAACCUAUUCACACAACAACAACACUUUCUGCUCCAAUAAAAGUUGAGACAGAUUCUUGCCUAAGUCCGACUGAUUCAAUGAGCUCAACGUCUGCAAUUCAAAGUCCAUCAUGUUCGAGUGUUCAAAGUGGUGCUAAUAAACGACCAGCUUCACAAUCAGAUUUGGAUUCUCAAUUGAAACGUAUCAAAGAAGAAGAUGAAGAUUUAGAUGAGUCGGAAAUUUCUGCACCAAUUGCAAGGCUUAUGAAGCCGGUUCAUUUGAUAAAACCGGAUGAUGUAUUUACAACUGUUCCAGGAAGAUUAUCUGUAUUGACGUCAUCUAACAAAUAUAAAGUAACUGUAGCUGAGGUAAUUUUUGUUGCGGGUUUUUCGUUUGAUGAUUCAAUAUAUUUUAUGAGUAUUUUGAGUCAUCACUUAUAUAGGUUCACAUAGAAAAAAAAAUUAUUUACAGCUCCAACGUCGAUUGAGUCCACCAGAGAAUUUGAAUGCAUCAAUUAUUGGAGCAAUGUUGAGAAGAGCAAAAUCAAAAAACGGUGGAAAAGAGCUUCGUGCAGCACUUGAAGAUUAUGGAUUGGCUUUGCCGGCUGGAAAACGAAAAUUGAAUCAAAUCACUUUAUUCACUUCCAUGAUUGAGGGUGAAGCGGAACAUCUUGCGAAAGAUUUUGAUUUUCUUUGCAAUAACGAAUUUCCGGCAAAUGAUUUGGCUGCCGUUUCUUUGAGCAAAAAUAUUGAUGUGAAUAGCGAGAAAAAUCGGAAAACUCGAGAGGAAGAAUUGAAGACAGCUAGAAAAUUGAUUAAUGAAUUGAUGGAUGUUUUAACGAGUUCAGAAGUUGAAGCAAAAAUGACCAAUUUCCAAAUGCUCACACACAAUUUUGGAACUUCUGCACUCUUCACUGUUUUCGGCGUUCUCAAUACGUAAGUUUUUGUUUCAAAAGCGAAACAAAUGAGGCUAAUUAGUGCAUUUUUCGAAUGAUUUUUCAAUGGCAUUUAUUGAGAACAACUACGAAAAACUACUUGAAACUUUGCAAUUUUUCAAAAAAAACAUUUUGUUUCAGAUACUUCAAUGCUCAAUUGGAACUUGUUCAAAAUCGCGACACCACAAUGACAACUCAACCACAGAAUAACACAGUAAAGACAACUGUACAAAGCAGUUCAAGAAAUCAACUUGCUGCUCAACCAUCUGUCUUCAGCUUGUUGAAUGGAUUUGAAAAUCAAGCUCCACAAAUUCAACCACAGGAUCAAUUAUUGGCGUUGCAAAGUUUAUUGGAUUUGAAUCGCCUUGCCACAUAUCAUGCUGAAAAGGUCAAUUCAUUGGAAGCUGAAAACAAAUUGUAUAAAGAGAAGAAUGAUAUAUUGGAACAACAAGUAGCAAUAUUCAAACAAUUGGGAUACCUUUCCUAA